AUGUCGGCUUCUUCAGAGUUGCUGCAGCAGCAAGUGAAGGGGGCCCUCUUAACUGAGGAUGUCGGCAUCCCUCGCCUAGGGUCAGAGAGGGGGGCCCCCCAAAUGCUGCGGCUAGCGAGGGGCCUCAGCAGUUUGCUGCUGCAGGGGGAGGGGGGGGCCCCCGUCUCCUGUGUGUUAGAGUUGGGGGCUGGGGUUUUUGCUUUUCUGCUGCUGCUGAGGGCCCCUGCUGCAGCAGCACCGUUCACUGUCUCCUGGAGAAGGGCGCUGCUGCCUCUGCAGCAGCAGCAGCAGCAGCAGGAUGGGGCCCCCCAGCAGCAGCAGCAGCAGCAGAGCAGACGAAAGGGGGCCUCUAACGAAUCCUCAGGGGCCCCCGGGGCCUCUCUAUCAAAGGAUGGAGGGGGGGGGCCCCAGGCAGCAACGCAGCAGGGGCCCCCCGAGGUACCCUGCACGCACAUGAGCUUAGAGAGUUUCUUGGGGGCCCCCCCCCUCUCCUUCUGUGUGCUGCAGUACCCUAUCGUGGGCCCCGAGAGGGGGCCCCCCGGCUGCCACUCUAUUUGGUACAAAGCAGAGGUCGAGGCCCUAUGGAGCUGCUGCUGGGGGCCCCCCUAUCUGCUGCUGCUGCUGCAGGUACCCCAUGCGGGCCUGGGGCCCCUCCUACGCCUCUCACUCACACCCCUGGGGCCCCCCGUCUGCUUGCCUGCUGCAGGGGGCCCCCCAGCAGCAGCAAAGGGGGGGGCCCCCCAAGACCCUAAGCAGCAGCAAAACGCAGCAACCCUCAACCUGGGGGCCUCCAACCUCCGCUCUCUCCCGCUGCUACCCUUCUUAAAGGUACCCCUUGUUGAUUCUCUUCUGUACCAGCAGCUGCAGCAGCAGCAACAGCAGCAGCAGCAGCAGCAGCAGCAGCAGCAGCAGUAUUACGUCAGCAGGUUCUUGCUGCUGCUAGAGGCUGCACUCCCAACCCCCUCCAGAGCCGUUCAUUCUUCUCUAAGCAUCGCAAUGCCUCCUCAGGGGCCCCCGGGGCCCCCCGAGGGCCCCCAGGGGCCCCCAGCAGCCGAGGGGCCCCCAGCCCCUGACGCCUCUACAAAAGACCCAACAGGGGGGGCCCCCGGGGGGGCCCCCAUGAACUCUCUCUCGCCUCAGAGGCCCCUCUCUGUUCAACCCCUUCCUCUUUCCUUUAAAGCCCUAUGGCAGGGGGCCCCCGUGGGGGGCCCCGGGGGGCCCCCCGAGCUUUCUGACCUGAAGGGGGGCCCCUAUGGAGAGGCCCUUCUUCUCUGCAACCACCGGAUGGUGGUGAGGGGCCCCCAACCCGCUCGCUUGUCUCUCAGCCUCAGUGUAGAAGGGGGGCCCCCAGGGGCCCUGCUCUGUGCCCAGCUGCUGCAGCUGGUGAGGAGGGGGGCCCCCGAGGCCCCCAGGGAGAAGCGACAGACAGAAGAAAGCAGCAACCCCUCCUCAGACCAGCAGCACGACGGAGCAGCAGCAGCAGCAGCAGCAGCAGGAGCAGCAGCAGCAGCAGCAGCAGGUGGCAAGGGCCCCCCAUCUACCCUGAAGGGUACAGCUGUAAGACGCCCUGCAGCAGAGACAGAUGAGGGGCCCCCCAUAAAUGAAGACAGGCUGCAACCACCCGAGGAGCUGCUGCUGCUGCAGCAGGAGGCCCCCUGCUGCUGCAUCUUUGCUGAUGUUCACUUGCUGCCAGACAACAACUACCUGCUGCGGGCACACUACUAUGAACCAGGGGCCCCCACAGACCCCAGCAGCAGCAGCAGCAGCAGCAGCAGCAGCAGCGGCAGCAGCAGCAGCAGCAGCAGCAGCAGGCUGAGCUGGGUGUUAGAGGCAACGGGUAGUGGUGAGGUAUCAGUGGGCCCCGAUAUAACAAAAGAGGAAAUAGCAGCAGCAUGGAGAGAACCCUAUGACCCUGCGAGGGGCCCCCAGGGGGCCCUCAGCAGAAAACUAUACCUUCAGGGGCCCCCGGGGGCCCUCGCCAGGGGGCCCCUGCUCGGUGGGUAUGUACCCAGCACCGCAGACAACCCGGGGGCCCCCAACCCCCUCACCCUGCAGCAUCUGCUGCAGCUCAUAUACUGGAAGCUUAAUAUGUCGCUGCUGCAGUUCGUACAAGCCAUCAAGACAGAAGCACAGCAGCAGCAGCAGCAGCAGCAGCAGCAGCAGGGAGAGGGCCCAGAUGAGGCCCCCACCAGCAACGAGCCGGAGAGGCUCCCCUCUUGGAGGGGGGCCCCCCCAAAGGGGGGGGGGCCCCCCGAGGGAGAAGGGGGGGGGGCCCCCUUCGACUUAACGCAGCAGGUAUUCUGCUGCAGCAAGCUGCUGACAGAGGGGCCCCUGGGUUUUUUCAUUGGGGGCCCCGAUGCCCUAGAGCGGCUGUACAUAGACUACGUGGGCCCUGCUCUUGCUGCAGCAGGGGGGGGCCCCCUAACCCCGCAGCAGAUUGCUGCUGCGCUUGAAAAGGGUGCAGCGGGGGGCCCCCCGAGAGGCAGAGAAGAGGAAGGGGGGGGCCCCAAAGGCGGUGCAAACAACAAAAGGGUACAGGGGGCCCCCGAUAAGAAACCCAGGGGGCCCCCUGAAAAGUCUCGAGCUCCUGCUGCUGCCCCGGGGGCCCGGGGGCCCCCAACCAAGGGUAUAAGAGAAGAAACAAAGAGAGACAGGGGCCUCUCUCUUCUCCCUGGUGAGGGGGGGCCCCUCGUACUCUCUUCUCCUCUGCAGCUACUCAGGGGGCCCCUGCAGCCUGAGCUGUACAUACACCCCGAGCUCAAGCGUUUCGUCUCUAGCAUUGCGGGUGAGUGUGCUUGGCGUGUUGUGGGGGCCCCCGUGUCUAGGGGGCCCCCCCUCUCCAGGGGGCCCUCAGAGGGGGCCCCCGAGGGGCCCCCCCUGAGGGGGGCCCCCUUCUCCUUGGACCUGGGGGCCCCACCACAAGAAGAUACAGAAGAGGGGUUGGGGGGGCCCCCCGAUGAAGAUGCAGCAGAGACAGGGGGGCCCCUGCCUGAGGCGCUGGAGGAGGCUGUCUCUUACCUCAAUGGUGUGCGGGCCCUGCUGCAGCAGCAGCAGCAGCAGCAGCAGCAGCAGCAGCAGGAACAGCAGCAGCAGCAGCAGCAGCAGCAGGAAGGGGCUGAGGAGGAGGAAGGAAAAGAGGGUACACCCAGGAAUGCAGGACAUAUUGGAGAGGUCGGGCAGCAGCAGCAGCAGCAGCAGCGUGAGCAGCAGCAGCAGCAGCGGGAGCAGCAGCAGCAGCAGCAGCAGCAGCAGCAGUCCUUCAAGUAA